GGAGGGUGUUCUGGCGAAGUGAACAAAGGUGCAGUGUUGCAGUGGCCGUCGUGGUACAAGCGCAGCGCAGCAGGCUUCUUGGCGCAUCGAUCAGCGCCAGACUUCCCGCUGCCCUCUCAUGCGAGCCUGCGGACAGGGAGCUCCUUCAACACGCUGCCAUCGCCCGACCGUCGUUGUUUGCUGCCGCCGCUCCACCCCCGGGCCCUCGAAUGCAUCGGACACGACGCUCCCCCGCGCGCGCCCGACGAACACAUUUCCACCGGUAUCCGCAACCUCAUCAUUACCGCAAACGAGCUGCAUCCCCGAAUCCCCAUACCGACUCCGCCAUCGCCCUGAGCCCGCGCCGCUGCGAGAACCGCGUGUCGCGCGCAUUCCACAGUCGACAUGGCCGCUCGGAAGUUGCAGCAGGAGAUCGAGAAGGAGUUCAAGAAAGUCGCCGAAGGCGUGCAAUUGUUUGAGAGCAUCUACGAGAAGCUCACACAAUCUACCAAUUCUUCGCAGAAGGAGAAGCUCGAGGACUCAUUAAAGAAGGAGAUCAAGAAGCUGCAGCGGAGUAGAGACAAGAUCAAGGGCUGGGCAAGUCAAAAUGAUAUCAAGGACAAGAAGCCGCUGCAGGACCAGCGGAAGCUCAUCGAGACGCAAAUGGAGAAGUUCAAGGCCGUCGAGAAGGAGAUGAAGACCAAAGCAUUUUCCAAAGAAGGACUUAAUGCCGCCGCGAAGCUCGAUCCCAAGGAGAAGGAGAAGAAUGACGUCUGCGACUUCUUGCAAGAGAUGAUCGAUGAGCUGGGCAGGCAGAUUGAAGCUCUUGAAGCCGAGGCGGAGUCGCUCCUGGCGGGCCUGAAGAAAGGCAAGAAGGACUCGGGAAAGUCAGAUCGCACAGCCGAGCUGGAGUCGAGAGUGGAAACACACAAUUGGCACAUUGGCAAGCUGGAGCUUGUGCUGCGAUCGGUGCAGAAUGACAACAUUGAGGCCGAACAGGUGAAAGACUUGGAGUCUGAUAUCAAGUAUUAUGUGGAAUCGAAUCAGGAACUGGACUUUAUGGAAGACGAAGGGUUAUAUGAUUCGCUGAACCUGGAAGAAGAAGAAGGGCUGUACGGAAUGCCCGCGGACAACGACAAGGUCUCUAGUCAGGAUACUCAGAGCAUACAAGACGAGCCUGCCGAUGUGGAAGAAUCAGCGCCGGUGAAGAAGCCGCCCACAAAGUCGAAAACGACAUCAGAGACCACGGCGAGGAGGCCAAGUGUACAGCUCAAAUCGACGUCGCAACCUCUACCACCUUUGGCAACUUUGCAGAGUAUACCGAAUAGCAACAGCAGCAAAGCUCCCGAGACAAUGAAGCCAGCGCCACUACCUUCGAUACCAACAGGCCAACCGCUGAAGUACGCAUCAGCGGCAGCUGCAGCGGCAGCUAGUGAUAAGAACGGUGUGGGGAUAGCACCACUUCCGCCCCCACCAGGAGGUGUCAAAUCGAGCGCAACGUCUUCACCGGCCGUGACAGCGGCGCAACCAGUGGCUCCCUCACCUGCAAAGCCAUCCGAGCCUCAACCUUCCAAGUUGUCUGAGCAUACGACUAAACAGGCUCAGCCCGAAACGAAGAGUGCCGAACCCGAGCCCUCAACAUCUUCACAGGCUUCAAAAGUGUCCUCUGUCAAGCCUUCACCGCAAGUGUCGAAAGCACAGCCUGCUGCAGCAGAAGCACCCAUUAUCAAGAUUCCGCAACCACCUAGUCCGUACUCAGGUAUCUCAGGCAUUGCAUUGUCGCGGGGUGAGGUGGAGGACGAUGAAGAGGAGUGCAUCUUCCACCUGCCUUCAUCACUACAAGAUCUUCUUGGCUCAUUCGAGGAGACCAAGCAACGAGCGAAGUCUGAUCAGCCCUUCGAUGUGGCUCUGCUCAAUGCUUCGCGCUUGAGCUGCCCGACGCCAAUGGAUGCGGAGAAGCCCAAUCACUACAAGCCGCAGAAUCCAUAUGCGUACACCCCGCCACAUUAUCCUCAAGAGCCUCUGGGGAUAUUCGACGAUCCUAGGCUGUACAGUCGGAUAGACCAAGAUUCACUCUUCUAUGCAUUCUACUACAGACAAGGGACGUAUCAACAAUAUCUUGCUGCGAAGGCGUUGAAGGGCCAAAGCUGGCGGUUUCACAAGCAAUACCAAACAUGGUUCCAGCGGCACGAGGAGCCUAAGAACAUCACAGAGGAAUUCGAGCAGGGCACUUAUCGCUUCUUCGACUAUGAAUCGACAUGGAUGAACAGGAGAAAAGCGGACUUCAAGUUCGCGUACAAGUUUUUGGAGGAUGACCUCUGAAAGACGUGCACUCAUUGCUCUCUUUCCGCUCUUUUCUUCCACACACUUGGACGUAUCACAGUAGCUCCAGGCUUCUCGCUCAGGCUUCAGCAUUAGGGAAUCGAACACCACGGCCAAAUCGUUUUGGCGCUCGCACCAAAC